CAUGCGCAUUCCAAUACCUCCCAGCAGCCUUCACAAAAAGAUGGCGCCGCGGGAAUCUCUACCGCUACCGGUGUGAGGGAACGCCGAGUGACUGUCUGUCCCCGUGUUUCAGUCCUGCGUCGUCCCCCAAGAAGGCAGAGGUUGAGGCCUGGUAGAUGAGAUGGCCGCGGUGGUGGCCAAGCGGGAAGGGCCGCCGUUCAUCAGCGAGGCAGCCGUGAGGGGCAACGCCGCGGUCCUGGAUUAUUGCCGCACCUCGGUGUCAGCGCUGUCGGGGGCCACGGCCGGCAUCCUUGGCCUCACCGGCCUCUACGGCUUCAUCUUUUACCUGCUUGCCUCCAUCCUGCUGUCCCUGCUCCUAAUUCUCAAGGCGGGAAGGAGGUGGAACAAAUAUUUUAAAUCACGAAGACCUCUCUUUACGGGAGGCCUCAUCGGAGGUCUCUUCACCUACGUCUUGUUCUGGACAUUCCUCUAUGGCAUGGUGCACGUCUACUGAAAUGAGGGCAGGGGUGACUUUUUAAGGAAAAACAAAAAACAGAUUGGGAAGACUGUCGUCAGAAGUUAACACCGUGUAGACUUAGUUUUUAAAUUGCUGAAUUUGCUGUUUGUUCUGUAAUCUUAUAACUUAUAUCUGAAGGCAGAGAGCUUGUAAUAUUCUUCAGAUUAAAUGAAGUGUGAGACA